AAAAUACAAAAGAAUUUUUUGAUUUUCUCCAAACGACAGUACCAUUUUGCCCUUUUUCUCUUACGCGCUCUCUUCCUCCUUAUUUCUUCUCUCUCACUCGCACAACAGAAAACCAGAGAGGCACCACGACCAAAAAAGGAACAAAAAAAAAAAAACCCAUCACCAUAGCUUCAGAGCAAGAAGAAGCAGGAGCAAAAGAAGAAGAACAAUAAGAACAAAUUUGAAGCAAUGUCGUCAAAGCGAAGAAACCCGCCAUUGUUGCUUCUUCUAUUCCUCUCCGUUUCCAUUUCCGUUCUUUUCGUCUCCUCCUCCGCAGCUCCCGGAGCUGAAACUGCGACGUUUCAUUUCCGAGCUCCUCGAUUUCCUGAUUUUUCGAGAGCUGGACAUGGCUUAGUGGCGCCAUUCGGCAUAAGACGCCAUCUCGCCGACGGCAACUCGACGGAGGCCGGUGAUGGGAAUUCGACGACUCUGGUGUUGGCCGGAGAGAGGACUCGCCGGAAAGACCCUUCGGAUAACUUGAAAAUCUACACUGGUGGAUUCAACAUCAGCAAUCAACACUACUGGACUUCUGUGAGUGCUACAGCAGCACCAUUCUUUCUCGUAGCUGGAGUUUGGUUUGCAGUCUUUGGGAUAGUUCUAGCCUUUACCUGUCUAUGCUAUUGCUGUUGCCCUAGAGAGCCUUAUGGCUACUCUCGGACUUGCUACGCCAUCUCCCUCAUCUUCCUCAUCCUUUUCACCAUUGCAGCAAUUGCUGGAUGUGUUGUUCUUUAUACUGGACAAGGGAAGUUCAUCGGCAUAACAUCAGACACAUUGGACUAUGUUGUGAGCCAGGCAGAUGUUACAGCCGAAAGCCUCAAGAAUGUGUCAGGGUAUCUCGCUGCAGCCAAGUCGGUUGACGUGGACUCGAUUUUCUUGCCUGCUGACAUGCGGAGCAAACUCGAUAACCUUGUGGCGAAGGCCAAUUCGUCUGGGAACACAUUGUCCAGCCGUACUCAGGAUAACAGGAGGAAGAUUAAGGAUGGGUUGAAUGGCGUGAGAUUGGCUCUUGUGAUCUUAGCAGCUGUUAUGCUUGGUUUGGCAUUCCUUGGCUUUUUAUUCUCCAUUCUUGGGAUGACUUGCCUUGUAUACUUCCUGGUGAUUCUAGGAUGGAUCCUCGUUGCUGGUACAUUUAUCUUGUGUGGCGUCUUCCUUCUUCUCCACAAUGUGGUGGCAGAUACAUGUGUGGCAAUGGACGACUGGGUCCAGCAUCCUACUGCCAAGACGGCCAUGGACGAUUUCAUCCCAUGUGUGGACAAUGCAACUGCACAAGAAACGUUGGUGCAAUCGAAGCAGGUCUCUUUCCAGCUCAUCAACUUGGUUGACACCGUCCUCGCCAAUUUCUCCAACCGCAACUUCCCCCCACAACUCGGACCUCCUCUCAACUACAACCAAUCUGGUCCGUUGGUUCCUCUUCUCUGCAACCCCUUCAACUCCGAUCUCACCGUCAAGGACUGCGCUCCCGGGGAAGUCGUCUUCCACAAUGCUACUGAGGUAAGCAAUUUUGACUGCAUUGGUCACAAGACCAAGUGGAAUGGGUAAUUCGCCUGAUUACCAAAAGCUUUAAAGCUUUAAAGUGCGACUUCGACUACAUUGUCACAACCUGAUUACCAAAAGCUUCUUGUGACGAUUUGGCCAUUGAAGUUUCAGAAACUUGACAAAGUCCGUGUCUUUCCAAUGCAGGCAUGGAAAGCCUACGUGUGCCAAGUUUCAAGCUCUGGCAUAUGCACGACGCCCGGCCGGCUGACUCCGUCGCUGUACUCACAAAUGUCAUCCGCCGUGAACGUGAGCUACGGGCUCUACCGCUAUGGACCGUUCCUCGUGGAGCUAGAAGACUGCACGUUCGUGAGGAGAACAUUCACGGACAUCAACGCUUCCUACUGCCCCGAUCUCCGACGGUACACGCAGUGGAUCUACGUCGGGCUGGUGAUCGUCUCUGCCGCGGUGAUGCUGUCGCUGAUCUUCUGGGUGAUAUACGCCAGAGAGCGCCGGCACCGUGUCUACACCAAGCAGUUCAUGACUGGCGGUGGAGGAGAUCACAACAAGGGUCCGGGGCAUAUAUGAGUGGUGUUUUGGAGGUGGGGAAUGAGAGUGUUUUGAUUGAUUGAUAUAGGUUUUGUAAAUCUUGGUAGUUGUUUUAGGGGUGAGAUAUAUAUGUAGAUUGGAUGAGACGGGUUUGCUUCAUAUGUGUACCAAAUAUUUAAGGGAUGAGGUUAGAGUGUGUCUUGCUAUGUAGAUUGGAGGUUCGAGUAAUAAUGCUGAGAAUGGCCAUUGAAUUGGCUUGUUCGCAUUUGAAUCGCUCGGAUAUAGAGGCACAGAGCUAGUUCGUUCUCUCUGGAAUGCAAGCAUGGAAAGAGAGGUAUGCCAUCUUCGAUCGAUAUAAAAGAUUUUAAGCUUUUUCCGCCCCCCAGCCUCUCGCCUAACGCGUAUAGGCUUACUCUUCUAUAUAUAGC